CUCUGGAGAUAAAACAGGAGCUACAAGAACCAGAACAUCAACAGCUCAAAGAGGAAGAGAAGCAACUCUGCAUCAGUCAGGAUGAAGAGCAUCUUGUGCUGAAACAGGAGACUGAUGACAUUUUGGUGAAUCCUCUUAAUGUGCAAAUAAUCCACAAUGAAACAGAACCACAGAGGAACCACCUCAUCUCUCAUGGCUCUGCUGAGGAUGAGAGCCAAGAUGGGGAAGGAAGCAAUUCUGAUGAUCUAGGGAGAAAGAGAUACAAAGAACAGAAACAAAAGGAGAAAUAUGAGAAAACCAAACUGCAGAAAGGUCAAACUGAAAGUUCCAAACAAAAAACAGACAAGAAAGCUCACACACAACAAAAACUAUAUUCUUGUAAAAUCUGUGAUGAAGCCUUUUCUCAAAGCAGUUUGUUGAUGACACACAUGACAACUCACACUGACAAGAACCCUUUCACAUGUUCAACCUGUGGAAAAAGUUUCACACGCAGGUCAAACUUACUUCGUCACAUGAUUAUCCACACAAGUAAGAACCCUUUCUCAUGUGUGACCUGCAGAAUAAGUUUCCAAUGUAAAAGCAGUUUAACUAGUCACAUGAAAAUUCAUAGAAGUGAGAAGCCUUUCACAUGUUGGAGUUGUGGGAAAAGUUUUUGUCAUAAAAGCAGUUUAAUUAUUCACAUGAGGAUUCAUACAGGUGAGAAGCCUUUCUCAUGUAGGACUUGUGAAAAAAGUUUCUGUCAAAAAAGCACUUUAAUUAGUCACAUAAGGAUUCAUACAGAUGAGAAACCAUUCUCAUGUGGGACUUGUGGAAAAAGUUUUUGUCAAAAAAGCAGUUUAAUUAGUCACAAGAGGACUCACACAGAUGAGAAGCCUUUCUCAUGUGAGACCUGUGGAAAAAGUUUUCGUCAAAAAAGCAGUUUAAUUAGUCACAUGUGGACUCAUACAGAUGAGGAGAUUUUCUCAUGUGGGAGUUGUGGAAAAAGUUUCCGUCACCAAAGCAGUUUAACUAUUCACAUGAGGGUUCAUACUGGUGAGAAACCUUUCUCAUGUAGAUCUUGUGGAAAAGGUUUCCAUGAUGGAAGCAGUUUAACUAUUCACAUGAGGACUCAUACAGGUGAGAAACCUUUCUCAUGCAGGACUUGUGGAAAAAGUUUCCGUCAAAAAAGCAGUUUAACUAGUCACUUGAGCACUCACACAGGUAAAAAGGCUUUCUCAUGUAGGACUUGUGGAAAAAGUUUCUGUCAAAAAAGCAAUUUAACUAGACACAUGAGGACUCAUACAGGUGAGAAGCCUUUCUCAUGUAGGACUUGUGAAAAAAGUUUCUGUCAAAAAAGCAGUUUACUUAUUCACAUGAGGGUUCAUACAGGUGAGAAGCCUUUCUCAUGUAGAACUUGUGGAAAAUGUUUCAGUCAUAAAAGCAAUUUAACUAGUCACAAGAGGACUCACACAGAUGAGAAACCUUUCUCAUGUAGAACUUGUGGAAAAAGUUUCCAUCAUAAAAGCAGUUUAACUAGUCACAUGAGGACUCAUACAGGUGAGAAACCUUUCUCAUGUAGAACUUGUGGACAAAGUUUCCAUCGUAAAAGCAAUUUAACUAGUCACAAGAGGAUUCACACAGAUGAGAAACCUUUCUCAUGUAGAACUUGUGGAAAAAGUUUCCAUCAUAAAAGCAGUUUAACUAGUCACAUGAGGACUCAUACAGGUGAGAAAUCUUUCUCAUGUAGAACUUGUGGAAAAAGUUUCAGUCAUAAAGGCAAUUUUACUAGGCACUUGAGCACUCACGCAGUUGCGAAGCCUUUCUCAUGUAGGAGUUGUGGAAAAAGUUUCUGUCAAGAAAGCAGUUUAACUAGUCACAUGAGGACUCAUACAGGUGAGAAAUCUUUCUCAUGUAGGAGUUGUGGAAAACGUUUCAGUCAAAAAAGCAAUUUAACUAGGCACUUGAGCACUCAUUCAGGUGAAAAGCUUUUCUUGUGUGGGAUAUGUGGAAAAGGUUUCUGUCGAAAAGACAAUUUAUCUGUUCACAUGACAACUCAUACAUGUGGUGUUUCUUAUGUCCAACCUGUGGAAAAGGCUUCCUUCCAAAUUGCCAGUUAACUUUUAACAUGGGGACUCGUGCAGAUGGAACUGCAUAAUCGGAACCUCAAGUACCAAGAUUUUCAGUAACUCAUUGUUUGGAAGCAGAGUAAUUACAGCUGGAUCACAUUUUUAUAGCGUAGCAGCGUAAAGAAGAAAGCAUCUCAAAAAGGACGUUUAUCUAAAAUGUGCAACUUUCACUUUAUUCUUUCAGUUUUAUCUUAUUUAUGUAGAAGGGUUUUUAAGUGACAUAUUAAGUCUUACAAAGUUUUUAAUGUUUUUGUCUAGUGAGAUAUUAUUGGUUUGUUUCUUAAAAGGAUCCACGAUCAAUUGAACAUGGCCUAAAUAUAUAAUAAUUUUCCUUUUAACUAAAAAAUUCCUGUUUACUGUACGCCAAAACUCAUAAUUACUUCAAAAAUGUUCGUCUUUUGUUAUAUUUUUCAUGGAAUUUGCCAUUUUUUUGUUUGAUGGGUUUAAAAAGACGUUGCUCAUCGCUGUUUUGGCUGGACAUAGCUGGGCAGUUGGACCACUGUACAUCAUUUACCCAGAAUGCAUUGCAGCAUGAACAACACGGUGACUUUGGCGUGACAAUAUUUUUAUUAAAAUGUAUAAAACCUAAACAGUCUACAGUAUUAUUACUGUAUUGUUUUUACACCUAAAUUAAAUAUUUCUCAAAGUCUAUUGUUGCUGUUUCUAUGUUCACUGUUAGGUUGCAAUUUAAUUGUCUGUCAGGAAUGAUGUUUUUUUGUUUUUUUUAUCUAUAUAUGCUUUAGGUUUUCAGUAUUUACUCUUCAGGUUCUGAUUUUGGAAAUACUGUUGAUUUUAUGAUGACAACAAAGCAGGCAGAAGGUUUGAUAAGUUAUGAUGAAACCUGAGAUGUUUUUCCUUUUUUUAUGAAAGAUCUGCAUGAACUUUAUUCUUGUUAUAUGUGCUCUAGAC